AUCAACUCAUAAAGCAAAGCCCUACCUACCAUGGUGCAGCAAAAGAUAGUUAUGAAGUUGCAAAUGAACUGUGAGAAACACAGAACCAAUGCCUUGAAGAUUGCUGCAGUCGCUAAAGGUGUGAGCAAAGUGUCGAUAGAAGCUGAGAAAGAGCAGAUGGAGGUGAUUGGAGAUGGAGUCGAUACCACGAGAUUGACCAUGUCGUUGAGGAAGAAGCUUGGCUCCGCCGCCAUAGUAAGUGUUGAACCAGUGAAAGCAAAUGCGGAGGAAGAGAAACCAACUCCAACAACAACACAAUAUUGGACAUCAAGCUAUGUCCAUCAUCCACGACAUCGUUCUACUCACUAUCGUGUAGUUCAUGAUGAAUCUCCGCAACAGAUCAAUUGUUCUAUUAUGUAAUUGUGAUUGAAAUUCAUUCUUGAGU